UUCUUUUUUUUGUCGCGCGUGUGUGCGUUCAUGUUUUUUUUGUUGUUGUUGUCACGCAAUGGCUGCCAUCUUUACUAGGUCAUUUCAUUAGGAACACCCGCAAAAAAUGAUGCUUGGCCGAGAUAAUACCGUAAUAAUCGUCAACGGCUGGUUUCUUAUCGUGGCUGGGGAACCUGUGCUGCUGCAUCAUACUGCGGGCGUAUUGACACAGUGGUAAUGCGUCGCAACAGCGUCGCGUCCGACGAGACCACAAAAAGAAUCGCUACACAUGACCGAUGAGUGUUGCUCGUUGCUCAGGUGUUGUUGCCCUCUAGAUUGAUGCCUGUUGCAAUCUGUGACGUCAGAUCUUGAACAGAACAAGUCAUCGAAUACCGUUGGACGUGCACCUGUUCGGGUUCGCAAAGAGAUUUUCCAGACAGCCAUGAGCAUCAUUUCUAAAAUCAGAGUUCACGACAGUCUUUGAGUCGCCGAUCGCCUUCGGAGGUUCUCGACGAAACUCAUGACCUGAACUCGUGACUGGGAAUGUUAAUAGAGAUGCGCUGAAGACGAUGUGAGAUCACCUGCCAAAGCGUUCAGAGUGGGCGUGGCUCACAGGAUGACAUGUUGUUGUUGUUGACAUUCUCCCAAUACCAGCAAGCCAAUGCCCGUCGCACAGUACGUUCCAGUUCAACCGCUCGACGGCCCGCUCUUGGCUAUCGUGCGUGAUCUUGCGUUCCAGUGCCAGUGAGCUCACCCCCUCGGGUGUCAUGCCAAACCCCAGCUGUGUGCCGUCAGGGCUUGAUCCAGAGCUACGUGGGGAAAAAAAAAGUGACAUUUUCUCCCCGAAUCUCUCCACCGAUCAUACUUGAGGGUUCCGAAGCGAUAAAGAUCCGAUUGUGAACAAGAAGGAGCCGCACGCAAAGGGGCAGCAAGCGGGAGCCGCCAUGAUUUCGGGCACGUACGGCAACGAGAAGCCCCUGGUGAUCCGCGUGCCCUUCAUGACGUGCGCCCUGGGCAUCGUCUCCCUGCCGCUGAUGGCCCUGGUCACCUGCGUCCUCAUCUCGUCCAUCUUUCACUUUGAGGACUCCACGAGGACGCACUGCCACGUUCCCAACUACCUGCCGUCCAUCAGCGCCGCCAUCAGCCUGAGCCCCGAGUGCCACAUCUGGCGCUUGUGCGUGGGCCUGCACUCGGCGCCCCGCUUGCUGGUGGCCUUCGCCUACUUCAAGUUCUACAAGGUGCGCUUCGCCGCCCGCCUGCCCGAGAGCGCGCUGGCCUACCUCAGCCUGGCCUUCUCCGUCUCCGAGAACCUCGGCCUGCUGCUGCUCACCUACGUGUCGUCCAGCGAGACCUACCUUGUCCACAAGGAGGGCUUCGUCCUCUUCCUUCUCAGCUCCUUCGCCUACAUGCUCAUCACGUGCCGUCUGUGGAAGGCCAUCAAGAGGUUUUCCUUGAACCCCGAGGAUGCCAAAUCCCAUCACUGGAAAGUGCGUUUACUCAUCCUCAACUUGAGCUUCUGCGCUUUUGCCACAUUCUUUUACAUCAAACACAACUUGUACUGUGAGUCGGGGAGUUACACAUUGUUUGCCCUGUUUGAGUAUCUCAUCGUCUUCUCCAACAUGGCCUUCCACAUGACGGCGGCGUGGGACUUCAGGAGCCACGACGUGAUGGUUAUUUCCUGCUCGGAGCCGAAGGACUUCUGACUAGAGACUUCCUCCAAGAAACCCCCUCCCACAUGUGAGGAGAGGACAUAAAGUAGAUGCACAGAAGCUGGAGGACGGAUGCCAGCGUGCCAAGAUGCUUAAAUGUUCCUCGCUCCGUUUUAUUGGUGACGUGCAUGAACACGGCUGCUUGUUUUGCUUACUUGUGCGGGGAGAGACUCGACAGUAAGUCAAAUGGCAACAGCUGAUUUGAUCGCAGUGUGCCAAAGGGGCAGCUCUUUAAUUGAGCUUUAAAAAAAGCAUUAAACAAAAUCAUAUUUAUUGCAGAGCAGCAAGCACAAUAUUAUUUAUUGUAAAUUGUCC